CUCUGCUCUGUCGGCUGCGUAGGCUCCACCUCCGCCAAUUAACACAUAUGCCCCAGUCACAGUCCCCGAAGACAGGCUGCUCUCUAGAUUCUGAUAUCUUCCCUGUCUUGCAGGCCCACGAUCCCCGCAUCCCCGAAGCCAUGGCUGCUCCGCAGCUUUUCCGAGCCCUUGUGUCUGCGCAGUGGGUGGCGGAGGCUCUGCAGUCCCCGCGAACCUCGCAGCCGCUAAAGUUACUGGACGCCUCCUGGUACCUGCCCAAGCUGGGCCGCGACGCGCGACGCGAGUUCGAGGAGCGCCACAUCCCGGGCGCCGCCUUCUUUGACAUUGAUCGUUGCAGCGACCACACUUCGCCCUACGACCACAUGCUGCCUAGCGCCGCGGACUUCUCAGACUACGCGGGCAACUUGGGCGUGGGCGCCGCCACGCACGUCGUGAUCUACGACGGCAGCGACCAGGGCCUCUAUUCCGCCCCGCGGGUCUGGUGGAUGUUCCGCGCCUUCGGCCACCGCUCCGUGUCGCUGCUGGAUGGCGGCCUCCGCCACUGGCUGAGCCAGAACCUGCCAAUCAGCUCUGGCAAGAGCCACACGGAGCCCGCCGAAUUCAGCGCGAAGCUUGAUCCCUCUUUCAUCAAGACCCACGAGGAAAUCCUGGACAACCUGGAGGCCCGGCGCUUCCAAGUGGUGGACGCCCGCGCAGCUGGCCGGUUCCGAGGCACCGACCCAGAACCCCGAGAUGGCAUUGAACCUGGACAUAUUCCUGGCUCCAUAAACAUCCCAUUCACUGAAUUCCUGACCAAGGAGGGUCUGGAGAAGACCCCAGAGGAGAUCCAACGCCUGUUCCAGGAGAAGAAGGUGGACCUGUCCAAGCCCUUAGUAGCCACAUGCGGCUCUGGUGUCACAGCCUGCCAUGUGGCCCUGGGUGCCUUCCUCUGUGGCAAACCUGACGUACCUGUCUAUGAUGGCUCCUGGGUAGAGUGGUACAUGCGUGCCCAGCCUGAGCAUAUUAUCUCUGAGGGCCGAGGGAAGACCCAGUGAGGCCAGGCAGGACACAGUACAGCUCAGGGUAACACCUGACCACCAUAGUGCCAGCCUGGCCACUCUGACUCUGCUUUGCCAAGUUGUCUGUCCUUCUGCAGACAACUCAGGUGGUAUUUGGGGUGACAUCCCAGAGACCAGGAGAUCCAAUGACUCCUGGUACCCAGUGGAUGGAGUAAAGAAGGUAGCAGGAAGUAAGAGGGUACCCAGGGGAAGCAGGGAGGCCAGACAGCAGAACAGCCUGCAUGGUGCUAAGCUGGGGCCCACCUAGCUUGUUUCACUGUUGGGAAAUAAAACACCAAGCACAAAA